AUGUCAGACUCGAGGACUCCUGAUGACGCUGGCGGUGCCCUACUCAGUGAAACCUUGAGCAGCGUCUCCAAACUUGACAACAAACUAAAAGGGGCCCAAACGGGAAAGGAGACGGGGCAGUCGUCUAGCACAUCCUCACCUGCCUGUAAAGGGGAAAAUCUACAGACACCCAAACGUACACCAUGUAGCAGAUACAUCUGCCUGAAUAGUUGUGAAUCUCCAGGUGAUGGGGAAGCUUCGCAAGAUAUUAUCUGGGAUCCCACAUCACCCAAGACUGGGAAUGGGCCCAGAAACAUCCAAACUGUGGAAAUAUCAGAUAUUGUGAACCGAAUUGCUCCAAAGGAUGUGAAACUAGUGGCAACUGAAUCCCCUUUGCUGCAGUGGAUAGGGGACAGUGCAAUCCCAUACACACCCGAGAAUUCCCAACCCAGAGUCAGGAAAAGGCCCCUCAGGCAAAAUAAUGUGGAGGGCCUCAUAAAACUGGCGAGGCAGUUUGACAAGAUGCAGCAAGAUGAGAAGACACUGGAAAAGCCGAAAACAGUCAACAACAACAUCUGUGAACAGAUUUCCGAGACAAAGUGUGUUGGGAUUGGACAUCCAGGCUACACAGGGGGAGCAAAAUCUCUUCCUUCCACAUCACAGCAGGUGGAGGCGGAGCUGAAUGAACUGUUUGACUCUUCACCACAACAAAUCACUGGUCACUUCAGCCAGAGUUCCUCAUGCUUCAGCUGUUCACAGGAAAAAAAGGGACAACCUGGGGGGGGAUCAACUUCCACAGCACCUCAAUCAUCAGAGCUUAAGUCAGUUAAAAAUUACACUGAUGCGAACACCUGCCUUACAGAGCACCAGGGUACUUUCAGCCUCAAUGUGAACAAACAUGAGUUUGAUGAUGAUUGGGAGGAUGAUGAUCUACUUAAUGACUCUUUUGUGCUGGCAAUGACCCACAAUUCUGAGCAGCAACAAGAUGCUGUGCCUAAAACCACUCCACAGUUAAAUGCUAGGUUGAAUAGUAAUCAAGACCCCUCUGCUUGUAAGCCCAGAAUGAGUGCAUGCUCUGCCUUCGGGGCUUCAAGUGUACAGUCCCAACCACACUGUAGUGCCCACAUGGAUGUGAUUCCCAAACCAAAGACAAGCAAACGAAGCACUUUCCAGCUAGAAUCCAAUCUUCAUUUCCAGGCCAAACUGGCCGCAGCCAAUGAUGUCCCUGGCUUCAGUGUCAUGGAACCUUAUAAAUCACAGAUCCCUGACCAGAAAUCUGCUGUUAUGAAGCCGGUCUCAUUAAUGGCAGUGGACACUUCAAAGAUGAGCACAGUAACCUCUGACCAGAUAAAUAGGAGGGCUGGUUCAGCUGUAAAAGACCAUCAUGAUAAAGUAGAGUCCUUUGUUGACUGCUUAUGGGAUGACUGGGAUGAUGAUGAUCAAUUGUUUUAUCAGGUCUGUGACAAUUUGGAGAGGACCUGUAACAAUAAAACAAUGAAAGCAGUGGCAGAUGCUAACCUGGGUAUUCAGAUGCAUACAGUGGCUGCAAGACUGCCGCAAAACUCCAAAUCCCAUCAUGCAUCAUUCAAGAGACAUCAGUCUGACCCAGGUGCCAUCAGCAAGAAAGUGUUUGUCACCGGCCAAAUGACUGGGAAGUGCUCUGCAGCAGAGAUAGAAAAGAAGAAACAAGAGGCCUUGGCAAGGAGACGACUGCGGACACAGUCCCUUGAAAAACCAUAA